UUACCCUGAGUUUCAGUGUGACCUCUACUGCAGUUGAAAAUACUUGGAAGCGGAGGUUGAAUCCAUUCAAUUUUCUGACGAUGUAGCCCCUCUUUAUACAUAUACAGGGACAGCUUUUGCAAGGAACACGUUCGUUUUGUGCACAACAAUCCCACGAAGGGCGGGGGUGGUCCUCGUCGCUCUGUUUCCGCGUAGGGGUGUUGUGUGUUGCUGGGGUAGAAUCCGGUUUAGCAGCACUGCAUCAACAUGGGUGUGAUUGGUGUGCAGCUGGUGGUUACCAUGGUAAUGGCCAGUGUAAUUCAGAAAAUUUUACCUCAUUAUUCCUUUUCAAGAUGGCUACUGUGCAGUGGCAGUCUGCGGUGGUAUCAGCCUCCUACGGAGGAUGAGUUGAGGAACUUGGCUGGGAAACAGAAAGGCCCGAAGAGGAAAGACAGAAAGUACAAUGGUCACACUGACAAUAAACCGCUGACGGUUCCAAAGGACAUAGACUUACAGCUGGAGACCAAGUGCAUCACAGAAGUUGACACUUUAGCGCUCUACUACUUCCCAGAGUUCCAGUGGCUGGUGGACUUUACUGUUGCAGCCAGUGCAGUCUAUGUGAUAACAGAGCUUUACUACAGUGUGGCUCAGCCCUCAGGAGAGAUGAACAUCAGUGUGGUCUGGUGCCUGCUUGUACUCGCCUUUGUUAUUAAGACACUUUACUCUCUAACUGCCUACUACUUCAGGCUGGAGGAGGGAGGCGCACGGUCACUCUGCAUUACUUUUGCUUUCUUCUUUUUCGUCAAAGCCAUGGCCAUCCUUAUCGUCACUGAAAACUACCUAGAGUUUGGUCUGGAGACAGGUUUCGCAAACUUUUCUGACAGCGCUCAACAGUUUCUGGACUACCAGGGCUUAGAGUCACAGGGCCCCAUAUCAAAACUGACAUUCAAGCUAAUUCUGGCGCUGCUCUGCUCUCUGAUUGGAACAUUUCUAACUUUCCCUGGCCUGAGACUGGCCCAGAUGCACCUAGACGCACUUAAUUUAACCACAUCUAAAUUUACACAAACUCUGCUUCAUAUCAACUUCCUGUCCCCCCUCAUCAUCCUCCUGUUGUGGGUGACACCGAUUACCAAGGACUAUAUAAUGAACCCUUCUCUGGGAAAGGACAGCGUUCCAUUGAUGACUGAGCAGACGUACGAUACUUUGAGGUUGUGGGUUAUUAUACUGAUGUGUAUGCUUCGGCUCGCCAUGAUGCGACAUCAGCUGCAGGCCUACCUCAACCUGGCUCAGAAAAGUGUGGACCAGAUGAAGAAGGAGGCAGGACGCAUCAGUAUUGUUGACCUGCAGAAGAUGGUUGCACAUGUGUUUUACUACUCGUGUGUAGUUGCGCUACAGUAUGUGGCACCACUGGUGAUGUUGCUUCACACAACUUUGCUGCUGAAAACUUUAGGUGGUCACUUCUGGUUAGUCUAUCCUCAAGAGGACCUGCCGUGCACCCACGACAUGAAGUCUGAUUCUUUGAUGGAAGCAGAACCAUUAGGACUCACCAGUCCAGCUUCAGUGGUAGAAACAGGAGCCCGGGCGCCGGUAGCCCAAAUCUCAAUGGCUCUCGGGGGUCUGAGGACAGUUUUCAGCCCCCUAUUGUUCCGGGGCCUCUUCUCCUUCUUCACUUGGUGGAUUGCGGGAUGUCUCUUCUCCACCUCCCUCUUUGGCCUCUUCUAUCAUCAGUAUCUAAUGGCAGCGUAACAUCAGCAACCCAAGAGGGGCAUCCGCUCCCCCACAGAGCUACUGUGGUCACCAAGAACUAAGUGGGGGAACUUUGCUUCUGCUCCAGAGCUCCACCCUUCCUCCUCCCUGUUUCUGACCACCUCUGAAUGACUGAUCAUAUCAUCAGAGCUCUCUGUUUCCUUUCAGGGCUUCCUCCACAGACGACUGUGAGCUUCUGUUAUUUCUACAAACGUGAUUUCUCUCAUUUGAGCGAGCAGAGGUUCAAAAUGUAAACCGGUUAAAUGAGAAGAGAGCUGUGUCAUGGCUUCAAAUACUCUGAAGUGUUAAAUCAGAGUUAAUUGUGUUUGCUGAAAUGUGGUGUGGCAGUUCCACUCAGUUCCCUUAGAAGUCAAGGACAGAAGCUUCGUUUAGGGUCAUUAAUCCCAAAGGACUACAUGCUCCGAGUCCAAUCCACCAAUAAUCUCUCACCUUUUCUAACUUAAAAUGAAACCGCGUCUUUAUAGUUCUGUUCAGCUCUUUGGUAAUCUGAUUCUGUUUCUGGAACUAAUGACUGAACACGUGCAGACACUGGCCUGAGAUUUAGGGGUAAUCGUGUUUUUGUUUUCUACCAGUGAUGCAUUUUAGAGAUGCUGCAUUUAAAAUAAAAAAUAAAACUAGGUAUUGGUUAUUUAAUAUCAUCUCAGCUGUUUAUUUUUUGUUACACAUUGAGGAAACCGAUGCCUACCAGACGUGAUGAGCCCUUCUUACUGAUGACAUCACAGUUUGUGUUUCAUAAACAGUCUUCUAGUAAAGGACCAGCAAGCCUGUUUUUGGGAGGGGAGUGUGUGUCAUUCUGCGGAUAUCCCUGCAGAUAAGAAGCACUAUAAGCUUAAAAAAUAAAGUUUUAUCGCAAAAAAUGAAAAGAAAUGGUACUUGCAGGGGAGCAAGAGGAAGCGACCUCUCACUGACUUGAAGUUAUUUAAAUCCAACUGAGCUCACCAUAGAGGACAAACUAGUUCAGAUUGUUGUUUAACCUUCGUUUUUGUAGUUGUACCUGAGCCGUUUUCCUAUUUGAAGAUGGAAGUUGUUGUUGAGCAGUGUCUGACUCAAAGGGAGAGCAGUUCUGUUGUAACCUGAAGGGCAUUGUUGUCAAAAACCAGAUAUCACCUUUUAUAUUCUGCAGCUGGUUGCAAUAUUUAGUUGUUUUUUUUUUUUAGAUUUGUUAGUUUGGAGUUUUAAAACGGUGCCAAGUCUCGACAAACUCAAGCCUGCUCUCGUGUUUGUUUUGUUUUGUGCUGAAGUGUGUGUUAAACUACAAAAACUGCUGCCUUGCGUUCAGUUUGGAGCACAGAAGGGACUAAAAUGUACGCACAAACAGUCAGCGGUCAGCGUGACUGUCUAGUUUCUUCUGGAAUUUAGGGUACAAGUUGCCUAAAUAAUUACAGAUGACAUCAUUUGUGCUUUUCUGUCACUCCUGUUGUGUAAAUCUGCUGAAAUGAUUUGUUUUCUGUACAAGCAAAGGCAGUCCCUCCACAUAUCAUCAUGAUUUUGAGUCUUAACUGUGGGGCAGAUGCACAUUAUGAAUGUAUUAAUCCUGCCUAGUUUCUAGAAUGUUUUUUACAUCGAUUCGUUUGUUUGUGUUAAUUUUAACCCCCACCCACACACUUCACCAACUCUUCUUUCUUCUUUAAUUUGUUUUUCGAUCGAAAUCAAAUUUGUCCUGUUGAUUACUUUUAUGUUUUGAUUUGUUUGACUAUUUAUUUUGUUGAGGCCUGUAAACAUUUCAGAUUUUAUUAACAAGCUUGAUUUUAUUGUUUAUGUGCCCAUGAUGGCUGAAAUCACUUUUUCUUUAAAUGUUUUUUGACAAAUCAGGUUCGGGUUAAAUUAACUUUAGAGUUUUGUUCUGAAUAGUUAAUAAAUUGUUGGUCUUAUUUUAGAGUUUAUUGGCCUAAACGGGCUUUAGAUAUUUUCAGUUUGUUACCACUGAAAGUGUUUAUUACUCAUCGUUGGAUUCACAAAGAAAAUGAAAAAUGUUCUUUCAUGUAUUUAUUUCUGCUUUAGGUUUUUUUCUCUCCUCUGUUUUAAUAAAUUAUGUUAUUUA